AUGGAUGGAAAAUUAGAAUCUACAACAACUAAGCAUAUAAACUUGACAGUCCUUGAUCAGAGUGACUACUCACAAAAUGAUCAUCAUGAUCAUACCUCAUCAUCAUCUCCUUUUUGGGUUCUAUAUUACAGAGAGCAAUAUCAAUCUGGUUUUCUCAGAAAGGUAUUUGCUGAAAUCAUAGGGACGUCCUUGUUGGUAUUUGUGACGUGUGGUGCAGCCGCUAUUAAUGCGAGCGAUGAACGGAGAGUCUCGCAACUGGGAGCGUCGGUUGCCGGUGGCCUCAUCGUGACGGUGAUGAUCUACGCGGUUGGCCAUAUCUCUGGUGCUCACAUGAACCCUGCGGUUACACUCGCUUUCGCCACCGUUAGGCAUUUUCCCUGGAAACAAGUACCGUUAUAUGCAGCAGCUCAAUUUACAGGAGCUAUUAUGGGUGCAUUUACCCUACGGGAAGUGCUUUAUCCCAUACAACAUUUGGGCACAACGACACCUUCUGGAACAGAUGUUCAGGCUUUAGUAAUGGAAAUUGUUGUGACGUUUAUCAUGAUGUUUGUCACCUCCGCUGUUGCAACUGAUACCAAAGCUGUAGGAGAGCUAGCUGGUAUAGCAGUCGGUUCGGCAGUAUGCAUAACAUCAAUCUUUGCCGGGCCUAUAUCCGGUGGAUCGAUGAAUCCCGUAAGAACAUUAGGCCCAGCAAUUGCAAGUGGAUGCUAUAAAGGGCUUUGGGUGUACAUAGUAGGUCCAGUUAUCGGUACACUGUUGGGCUCAUUGUCGUACAGAAUCAUUCGAGUGGAUGAUAAGGCCAUACACCCAAUAUCUCCGUCGUAUUCAUUUAAAUUUCCUCGAAAGGUGAGCAACGACAACAGCGUUGACACCAAAUUAGACCCUUCCAACGUCGUCUGA